CCCCAACGCUUUGGGACACAAUACAAAUAUCACCUUUGAAUAAAAGGUUAGAUUGCGACAAAAUGCAGUUCCAACAAUAUUUGACUUUCCUGAUCAUCUUCUAAAGGUAUGCUAGCAUUUAACUUUGAUACUACGUAGAUCCUUAUCAUAACAAAUACCUUGUGAACACUGAAAUUGACUUGUUAUGGAUUGUCAUUUCACACCAUAGAGGUAGGAAAAACCUUCAACUGGAGGGAAAUUUUGAGAUUUGGGUCUAGUACAUUUACUCUGUUUCAAUUGAAUUUUUGUUAAUUCGUGUUAAUUUUGAUACGAACCAUAAUAAAUGGAGUGAAUGAAGAUACAUGUAUGUGUAUGCGUGUGUGCUUUUUUGGGUGAAGCAAGAUGGCCGACCAAUGGCUUCAUGCGGUCAGCAGGGACGCCCCUUCCAGUGGUAUAGAGUUCAGUGCUCUAGUCCUCCUCCGAACGACACUUCCUCGUUGUAAAGAGACCACCGCGAGGUGCGUUCACUGACACUCCGAAAAUUACCAAGUAUUAUGCGUAUAUGUGUGGUCUAAAUAAGCAGACAGACAAAUAAAAACAUUAAGUGGAAAUUCUUAUCACUCACUAACGUAAGUCUUAUCGAGCAAGUAUAAUUUGAUACAUUUAAGUAUGCUCGGAAAUCCCAGUCUGCACUGAAAUUACGUGGUGUCUUUGAAGGCUGGUAGUAGCACGGUUAACGUGAUUCAAAUGUGCGACUAUUAGUGUUAGGCAAAUACAUUUUCACACACGUGUGAUAUUUUUUAGCUUAAUUUAAACUUUCAGUUCAUUUGGAGCUGUUAAUACAUACAAAUAUACUGCUCAAAAAAAUUAGAGGAACACUUGGAAAGUGUCUAAACUGGAUCUAAACUGGGGGAAAAAUGAUGUUGAAUAUGUUUCCUGAUAAUAAGUGGGUGAUGUAUUAGUAACAAAAUGAUGCCACAUCAUUUGAUAGAAAUGGAAAAGAUCACCUUAUAGAGGGGGGAAAUCAAAGACACCCCAAAAAUGAAAGUGAAAAAAUGAUGCAGCACACUGGUCCAUUUAGCUAAAAUGUCAUUGUAGCAACUCAAAAUGAUUCUCAGUAGUUUGUGUGGCCCCCACGUGCUUGUACGCAUGCCUGACAACGUGGGGGCAUGCUCCUAAUGAGACUACGGAUGGUGUCCUGGGGGAUCUCCUCCCAGAUCUGGACCAGGGCAUCACUGCGGUACCUGGACGCAUGGAGGAGAUUCCAGGAGACAGGUAGUUACUCCAGGAGAGCUGGACAGGGCCGUAGAAGGUCCUCCAACCCCAAGCAGGAUCGGUAUCUGCUCCUUUGUGCAAGGAGGAACAGGAUGAGCACUGCCAGAGCCCUACAAAAUGACCUCCAGCAGGCCACUGGUGUGAAUGUUUCUGACCAAACAAUCAGAAACAGGCUCCAUGAGGGUGGCCUGAGGGCCCGACGUCCUGUAGUGGGCCCUGUGCUCACUGUUUGUUGUUCACAAGUGUUGAUAACUUUAGACCAGGGGUCACCAACGUUUUUCCUUGUGAGAGCUACUUUUACAAAAUGAAAAUGGCCAAGAGCUACUCAUUUUUGUAACAUUUAUUUUCAGAGCUCAUUUUAAACCCAAACAAAGCGAAUAUGCUUGUUUUACCAGAACAUGAACAAAAUGCUGGUGUCCACAACUCACAUUUUGUAUUUCAGAAUGCAUUUCUUUCUACUGUUCUUUCAUUAUUAACUGAAAACCUGAAUGAAAAGCAGGCUUGCGGGCACCUCAUGUGGUCAUGGGGGGCUACCUGGUGCCCGCGGGCACCACGUUGGUGACCCCUGCUUUAGAGUCUUCCUCGCUUGUCGGCCACUCCAUCAUCUUUCUGCUGUGUUUUAUUUUUGUGACCCUUAGUUUUUUUUGUCUCUCUCUCUCUCUUGCAUUUUUAAUAGCUUUUAUUUGUUAGUGCAUUUUUUUCUUUGUAGUUAGGGCUGGUGUUUCUCGCUCGGUUCCUUUGUGUUGUAGUCUGGAGUCUAUUUUUUGUUUGCUAUUUUUGUAUUAAAGACUUUUGAUAUGGCUUUCUGCGUUUUCAUUGACCGAACACAAUCAUAACUUCCACUCUGUUUUGGACAGCGUAUGAAUCAUUUCGAGUAUUGUAGGUUACAUAAAAGCCAUAUAGAUUGUAAAUGACAUUAUAGACAUUUUUAUUAAAAUUUUGAUAAAAGUCCUUGGUGGCUCACAGUUUAAAUGUUCUAUUAUCAGCUUGUGCUUGACUCAUAGGCUACCACACGUGAAGCAGAUCGAGUUGUCAAACUGAUGUCAAUAUAUAAUACACAAUUAACAAAAUGUUGACUGAAACAUGAUUUAACUGAUAGAGAAAACGUGACUUCAAAAAGAUGCAUUUUCUUUAAAAAUAUGCAAAAAAAAGGCAUUUAACGUCGCACAGUAUUCGUAAUAUUUAACCCUCCUGCACAGAAGGGGGCGCAAUGCACGGAAAUGUUGCUUGCCAACCCGAAUGCCACGAAGAAGAAGACGAAGCGCAGGAAGAAGAAGAAGAAGAAGAAUGUUACUGUGAAGUCUUGCGUCUUGUGAUAAAUUAACCAACCAACAAGUAACGAGCUUGGUGGUCGUUCCUCAGGCGGCUCAUGAUGAAGACAAAUAAAUCGUACAAGCUCGUGCUGCACAAGAAAGGCUUUGGGGGAAGUGAUGACGAGUUGGUUGUCAACCCAAAAGUUUUUCCUCAAGUCAGUCUUGGGGAUAUCAUUGAAAUCGCACACCCCACCGAUGAAUUCAGUCCCCUUUUGCUGCAAGUGAAGAGCCUAAAAGAAGACCUCCAGAAAGAGACGGUCAGCGUGGACCAGACUGUGGCACAAGCGUUCAGGCUCCGUGCGUACCAAGACGUCAUUGUCAACAUUGUGGACCCAAAGGAUGUAACACUGGACUUGAUGGAACUGACUUUUAAGGACCAGUAUAUCGGCAGAGGAGAAAUGUGGAGACUAAAGAAGAGUUUGGUGAGCACAUGCGCCUACGUGUCGCAGAAAGUGGAUUUUGCUGGAGUCAGGUCGCAGGCCAGUGAAAUGUGGGUGAAGGGAGAGAAAGUGACGUGUGGAUACGUCAGUGAGGAAACAAGGGUUGUGUUCAGGUCCACGUCAGCGAUGGUUUACAUCUUCAUCCAGAUGAGCUGCGAGAUGUGGGACUUUGACAUUUAUGGGGAUCUGUACUUUGAGAAGGCUGUCAAUGGCUUCCUUUCGGACCUUUUUGGCAAGUGGAAGGAUAAGAACUGCACUCACGAGGUGACGGUCGUGCUCUUUUCCCGUACUUUCUACAACGCCAAGUCAAUCGAUGAAUUUCCUGAGAGUUUGAGGGCAUCCAUUCAGCAGGAUCAUGAAGGACGAUACUUUGAAGACUUCUACAGAGUCGUGGCUCAGAAUGAGCGGCGGGAUGAGUGGACAUCGCUGUUGGUGACCGUCAAGAAGCUUUUCAUCCAGUAUCCCGUCCUGGUGCGGCUCAAAGGAGCAGAUGGCUUUCCUGUUGGCUACAACUCAACCUCCGCUCAGGGCAACUACUUGGAAGCCAUCAACCUUUCUUUCAAUGUGUUUGACAAGCAUUAUAUCAACCGCAACUUUGACCGCACUGGGCAGAUGUCAGUCGUCAUCACGCCGGGGGUUGGAGUAUUUGAAGUGGACCGUCUCCUAAUGAUUCUGACCAAACAGCGGAUGAUUGACAAUGGUAUUGGUGUUGAUUUGGUGUGUAUGGGGGAGCAGCCGCUACAUGCAGUGCCCCUCUUUAAGUUGCACAAUAGGUCAGCACCUGACACCGGCGUGGGGAACGACUACAACCUUCCCCACUGGGUCAACCACAGCUUUUACACCUCCAAAAGUCAGAAUUCUUGUAGCACCUUUAUUCCCCGAAUCAAACUUGCGUGCCAUAAGCGUCACGCUGAAAAAGUCAAGAAAGGCACAGAGCAGACUUUAUGUGUACAAAAGGAGUGUGACAACAGCCUGCCGAUACAGGUGGACUUUGAUGCCUUUGACUCCCAGGUGUUCCGACUCCCUGGUCCUUCACUGAUUCAGAGAAUCCCCAACUGUCGCAUGGGUCGAGGUAAAGAGAGGAGUGGAAAGAAGAGCAGCGGAUCGGUGGAUAUCAGCACUGGCAUUGGCAUAUCCCCUCCUGUGUGCCUUAGCGGUCCUGAUGAACAGCACAGCCUGACAUCUGAUGAUAGUCUGGGCCCCGUGUCCAACGUGUUGGUGAUACCCCGGAUGCUCCCCAUCCAAUAUGAAGUCAGCAGUUCUCUGGGAUAUACGUGCACCAGAGAGAUGUUCGAGAAGACGAUGGACUCCCAGCGAGACUCAAGUGCCCCGGCGAGGUUCACAGUGGGGAGCGCCGAGUCCACACUGUACAUACGUCCCGGAGGUUAUACACCCCAAAGAGCACUUAUAAAUCCCUUUACGCCGACCAGGAUGCCCACGAAGCUCACGUCAAACCGUCGGCGCUGGAUGCACACCUUCCCUGUUGAUCCAUCUGGAGAGGCCAUACAAAUCCACCACCAGACCAGACAAAAUAUCGCUGAGUUGCAGGUGAGCCAACGAAGGGAUCCCGCGCACACGUCGGCAGAGCUGCUGGAACUGGCCUAUCAUGAGGCCACAGGACGGCAAAGCGGUGUCCUUCAAGCGGACAAGAAUGCCCUUUACAUUAGCGGAGGGACACAAGAACUCACUGAAAAUCCUGGAAGCAAGACCAAUGGCGGUGCGCAUGGUACUCAACCAACAACCAACAGCCUUUGUGCAUUUGAGGACUUGUCCCAGAGUUGUACCAAUCCAAUGCCCAGCUUCUGCUGCACGGUGGGGGUUGACUGGAAGUCUCUGACCACGCCGGCCUGCUUGCCCCUCACCACUGACUACUUCCCUGACCGCCAAAUGCUACAAAGCGACUACACGGAAGGAUGCUAUGACCUGCUGCCGCACAGUGAUCUGGAGAGACGAGAAGAUGAAGCUCCUGGGAUGAGUGCUAAUCAAGUAUUUGAGGAGUUUGUCUGCCAGAGGUUGAUGCAGGGCUACCAGAUCAUUGUCCAAAAUAACAAGAGGAGAUCACAACCCACCGUGACCACUCCCCUUGGCAGCAGUCCUCUGUACACCAGAGGUUUGGUAUCGCUGCGUCGGGUGGAGGAAGAAGAGACAGUUUACUGGCUCAGUAUGGGCCGGACUUUUCAUAAGGUUUGCCUCAAAGACAAGAUCAUCACCGUUACUCGCUACUUGCCCAAAUAUCCAUAUGAGUCGGGUCACAUCCAGUACAGCUACAGCCUGUGUCCUUCGCAUGUGGAUGCUCAGUUUGUGUCCUGCUGGGUCGAGUUUGGCCACGAGAGACCAGAAGAAUAUAAGUGGAAUUACCUGGACCAGUACAUAUGCUCCACUGGAUCCGAAGACUUCAGUUUGAUUGACUCACUGAAGUUCUGGAGGACGAGGUUCCUCUUGCUUCCAGCUGGUGGCGCUCGGCGUGUGGCGGAUGUGGAUGGGCACUGGGAUGUUUACGGAGAUGGACCCAGUACAGGCAUGGCUGGCAAUGGAGAUUGGGUCCUGCUGGACGGUUUUAUCCGCUUCCUGGAGGGACUCAACCGUAUUCGACGACGCCAUCGUUCCGACAGGAUCAUCAGACAGAAAGGCAACCCAAUGAAGGCCAUGAAUUCCCACCUUUCGUAUCCUUCUGAGCACGUGGCACCUCUGCAGGGCAAAAAAGGAACAUCGGCUUUAUCAGCGUUACUGGAGAUGGAGCAGAACCAGAGGACAUUUGAGGAGCAACAAAAGGCAAGACCCUUGACGUCUGUUAUCGAGCUCUCAAGUGUUGUCACGGCAGAGAGUCCACGCAAGUUGCCUGUGGAGUACAUUGAAGCUGUGGAAAAGGGACUUCAAGCGGGACAGACGGCCGGAGCGGCAGCACAGUCUGUAGGAGAGUCUGCAGCUGCGAACAGCGCUGACCUCAGUGGGCAGUUUGCAGGGGAACACUUUUCUCUGUCCUCUUCGUCAACACUCCUGGAGAUCCUGGAGGCCAUUAAACAUCCCACGACAGGUGUACUGCUGCUCCCAGAGCAGAGGGGUCUGCCCUUCAACUGCUUCAUAAGUGCCGAGGUCGUCCACUGGCUGGUCACCAAUGUUGAGGGUGUGGCCGCACAGAGCAUGGCUGUGGAUAUUAUGCAGAAAAUGCUGGAUGAAGGUUUGGUGGCCCACGCGUCAGGAGACGCUAUGCGGACCUUUGUGUAUGGCUUCUACAUAUACAGGAUAGUGUCAGAGAAGGACGGUCAGGCACCGCAGCUGCCGACGACCGUGGCUUGUGGCUGGUCCACUGCAGCCUUGGAGGACUUUGCCCUGUUUCAGAGGAAAUGGUUCGAGGUUGCCUUUGUGUUGGAGGAGCAGCAACCAUGUGACCUGCCGGCCUUUCUGCUGCCCUGGCUGCCGAGCCGACCGGCCUCCUACGCCAGCAGGCACAGCUCCUUCAGCCGCAGCUUUGGAGGACGCAGCCAGUCGGCGGCACUGCUCGCUGCGACGGUCCCGGAGCAGAAGACUGUCACUGUGGAUGUGGAUGCUAAUAACCGCAGGGGCCGAACAGAAUGGUGCACCUGUUAUUACAAUGGCAGCUUCUCGUUAAAUGCCGCCUUUGAGAUCAAGCUUCAUUGGAUGGUUGUCACGGCUGCAGUCCUCUUUGAGAUGGUGCAGGGUUGGCACAGGAAAGCAGCAUCCUGCGGUUUCCUAUUAGUUCCUGUGUUGGAGGGGCCGUUUGCGCUGACGUCACACCUGUAUGGCGAUCCACUGAGAGCCCAACUCUUCAUUCCUCUUCAUAUUCACUGCCUGAUGAAGAAUGGCAGCGAAAACUUGUUUGAAGGUUUUGAACCGGAGACCUACUGGGACAGGAUGCAGCUCUUUCAAGAGGCAAUAUUGUUCAGAUUUGGGUUCGUACUCGACAAGUUUUCUGCCACGCCCUUCAACUUCCCUUCAGAGAGCAGGUCCCAGUACAUUCACCUGACAGGCACCGUGCUGCUCCAACUGCCGUACUCCAAAAGAAAGUACACCAGCGGGCAGCAGCGUCGGCGCAGGAACUCCACCACAUCCAACAGCCAGGCGCCGUUCAGUGGCGAAGAGCAGAUCGGCUACUACUGGGCCUACAACACCAUGCUGACCAAAGCCUGGAGGACUGGCGUGCUGGGGGACGAGAAGCUGGCUGACCGCCUGCUGAAAGACUUUACAGACUUCUGUGCCAACAAGGACGACAGAUUGCUCAACUUCUGGGACAAUUGCAGGGAGAAAAUUAACACCAGCGCCCCCUGAAGGCAGCAGGCAGUGUUGCAGUUGAUCAAGUAUGGAAGUGCACGGAUUGAGACUCAACCUUACUGAAAUGGGAAAAAUGCAGCGUUUUUCUUGGAUUGAAUCUUACAUAUUUUAGCAAAGACGUUUUAUUCUGAUAUGUAAUCACUGACAACAAAGAGGACGUUCAUAGAUCCGGUGCUCCCCGCAAUAAAUGAUCGUUUUAUUUAAUGUAUAAAUAAAAUAAAAUCACACUUUCAUAUCUCUAA